CCCGCCCGCCCUCGGAGUAGAGAAGCCCCGGGUCCCCGCGGGGCUGCCCCAGUUGCCGGCGAGCCUGCCCGCCGGCCUCCGGAGCCCAGCCAUGUCCUGCUACAUCUACCAGCUGCCCGCCUGGGUACUGGACGACCUGUGCCGCAACAUGGACACGCUCAGCGAGUGGGACUGGAUGCAGUUCGCCUCGUAUGUGAUCACAGACCUGACCCAGCUGCGAAAGAUCAAGUCGAUGGAUCGGGUGCAGGGCGUGAGCAUCACGCGGGAGCUUCUGUGGUGGUGGGGCAUGCGGCAGGCCACCGUCCAGCAGCUGGUGGACCUUCUGUGCCGUCUGCAGCUCUACCGCGCCGCCCAGAUCAUUCUGAACUGGAAACCAGUUCCUGAAAUCAAAUCCUCUUUCCCGGAUGCUGUGAAGCCGGGAAGACCUUUGGCAGCUUCUGUAAGAAACACUGAAGAUGAACAGGGAAAGGGGCAGUCUAUGAGGCCAGCCGCCUUGCCAGGCCCGGGGCCUGCUCCAGCCCGAGCCAACCUCCUGCCUCCUUCCGAAGAUGCCCUUCAUUCCUUAAAAACCAACAUUCCUGUUUCAUCUGAUUCAAAGGACUUCAGCGUCUCCAUUCCUAAGCAGGAAACACUUUUGAGUCUGGCUGAAGACAGUCUUUUCUGGAGUGAGGCAGACGUGGUCCAGGCAACUGAUAACUUCAACCAAAGCCACAAAAUCAGUGAGGGGACCUUUGCCGACAUCUACAAAGGGCAAAGGCAUGGCACGCCAUUGGUCUUCAAGAAGCUCAGAGAGGUGGCCUACUCAGGUCCGGGAUCUAUCGAAAAAUUCUUCCAGGCAGAGGUACAAGUUUGUCAUAGAUGCUGCCACCCCAACGUCUUACCUUUGCUGGGCUUCUGCACCGGAAACCAGUUUUACAGCUUGAUCUACCCAUAUAUGGCAAAUGGUUCUUUACAGGACAGACUCCAGGGUCAGGGUGGCUCGGACCCCCUCCUCUGGCCCCAGCGUGCCAGCAUCUGCUCUGGGCUGCUUCAUGCUGUGGAGCACCUGCACAGCCUGGAGAUCAUCCACGGCAAUAUCAAGAGCUCCAAUGUUUUGCUAGACCAAAACUUCACCUCCAAGCUGGCUCACCCAAUGGCUCACCUGUGUCCUGACAACAAAAGGUCAAGAUAUACCAUGAUGAAGACUCACCUUUUCCAGGCCUCUGCUGCAUAUCUGCCAGAGGAUUUCAUCAGGGUGGGACAGCUGACAAAGCGAGUGGACAUCUUCAGCUGUGGAAUAGUGUUAGCUGAGGUCCUCACCGGCAUCCCUGCAAUGGAUAAUGACCGAAGCCCAGUUUACCUGAAGGAUUUACUCCUCAGUGAAAUCCCAAGCAGCACCACCUCACUCUGCUGCAGGAAGACGGGCGUGGAAAAGGUGAUGGCUAAGGAGAUCUGCCAGAAGUACCUGGAGAAGAGAGCUGGGAGGCUGCUGGAGGACUGCGCCCAGGCCUUGGCCAUGGCUGCCUGCCUCUGCCUGCGGAGGCGGAAUGCCAGCCUGGCAGAGGUGUGUGGUUCUGUGGCUGCUGUGGAAGAGCGGCUGAGAGAUCAGGAGACGUUGUCCCCUUGGAGUGGGCUUUCCGAGAGCACAGGCUCUUCCUCCAACACCCCAGAAGAAACGGACGAUGUGGACAAUUCCAGCCUUGAUGCCUCCUAUUCCAUGAGGGCAGCACCCAGGGCUGGGGAUGUUGCCUCACUCCCCACUACAGAGGGCAGAGAAGGCAGGCUGCAGGCUGAUGGGGGAAUGCCGGCAGACUCCUCCUCUGGAGCCUAUGCCAGUCCGGAGCCUCCCCAGGAUGUUCUUUCUUUAAAUUUUCUGUUGAAUGCCAGCUACAGAGACUUCAUGGAAGAUUGAGAUCAAUGAAGCCAAAAGGAAACUGAUGGAGAAUAUCUUCUUCUACAAAGAAGGGAAACUGGACAGCCUUGAACUUUUUGGCCCCUGAUAACUAGAACACAGCUGAGGAUCCUUGUCCUCAAUUGGAAAGAUGAACACCAAAUCAAGAAAUAGAUCUGAUGCCGAAUCAAAAUCUCCCAGGAAACACAACCCCCCGGCUUUCCUGGGCCGGGAAGAAAAGCUUCCAGAGUGAGCUAGGGAAGAAGGGACCUCAGCUUUUCAAGACAAAAAAUACAGGAAGUCAUCAUCCUUUCUGGGAUUUCUCAGUCACAGCGGAGUAUUAGGAGACCGAAGUGUAAACCGCGGUCCACGGGCCCAGAAUGUGGGCGAUUUUAUGGGUUUGGGCUGUGUGUUAAUACUGUUACCCAGCUCACACCCCUCAAGAACUGCCGGGGAGUGCUGUCAUUUGUACUUUCCAAAGUUAAGAUCUCUGGGUCACAUUUGCCACCAACUCCUGCAAACUUCCAUGGUCUGAAAGAUUCUCAACUUGUGUGUCCUAACGCAGUUCUUAAAUUCACAUACCAAGGCCUCGAGUUUUACAAAUGCCAGACACCUGGCAGAGGACUCAGUAGGUUUUCCACUUUCUGCAUCUUGUAACCCACAGAUAUUUAUUUAACGCCCACUCGGCACCUUUAUCCUCCCAUCCCACUGAUGCUAAUAUUUUCAGUGGAGAUUUUAUUUUGAGAGUAUGUAUUAUUUAUGAGUGAAUGAAGAAUCUGGAGAGCUAGUUUCAUGUCUGAUUCUGCUAUUUAAAUCACUUAUUUAAUUUCUGGAACCUUGUUUCCUUGUAAGUAACACCUGUUCGUUUUCCUUCCUGGGGCUGUUGGGAGGAACAAGUGAAAUGGCUACAGAAGUACUUUGAAAAUGCACUUGCCCUGUUUUAUAAAAUAAAUAAAAAGACAAUAAAUAUAGAUUUCUGCCAUGUA